GAACAUGAACCCGCCAAUUUCGUAAAUUGUGUUACUCAGUUGGUGAUGUUCAGUAAUCUCAAAGGUCUUGUUAAAAAGGAAGGAACAAACAAGAGCUGUCGAUCAGAUUGUGGAAGCACUGAUAGUCGAGUUUCUUAUUCACGUUUCCUAGGUGAGUCAGAGAGAACUGAUGCUGAUAUUGCUUUUGAAACACGAACAUCAUCCGUACAAUUAAAACCAACUUCACCAUCAGUUGCAAGUAAUCAUGGGCGCAUUAAUGACAUCACUGAGAGUAACAGUGAUAGUAAUGCCUUUCGAAACAAAUCAACAUCAAAAGAAACAGAUAAUGUUAAAUUGUUAAAGUGUACUGGUCCAUUCGGGGAACUGGAUGAUUCAGAUUGUGGUUCUGUUAUGUCGUCAACUUUUCGGUUAUCUACAGAAACAUCUGAUAUUCAAUCACGUUGUCAACGUGUUUAUCAAAUGGCACGUAAUUAUAAAAUUAAAUAUCAACAGCUUGUAGAGGCAUAUAAAGUUAUGGAAUCAGAAAGAAAUAAUCUACAACAAUUAUUAGCAUCACAUCAAGCAAAAACAUCCAAAUCUGUAGAUGAGAUGUACAAGAAACUUGAACUAGACAAACAAACCAAAGAUGAAUUGGAACGAGAUUUUCGUCGACUUUUAUCUGAAAAAGAAGAAAUUAUCAAAUCAUUACGAUUGCAGUGUGAUCAACAGAAUAUCAAUAAAUUACGAUCUGAAUUAGCUGAUAGUAAACUAUCUCAAGCAGCAUUACAAGAACAAGUUCAAUGUUUAAAAGCACAGUUUUACAGUAAUUCAAGUACCGAAGAGACUGGUAUACUACAAAAUGAGUCUUCUAAUAAACUAUUAGUACGUACAGAAUCAAAUUAUAUUCAUCAUUCCGAUGAAAUAAUAAACAAAACUAAUGAACAGUCUAAUGAAAUCAAGUCAUUAUCUUGUCAACUAGAAGAAUUAAAUCAAAAACUAACUGAUUCCGAAGAUAUCAGAAUACGUUUAGAUAAAGAAGUGAAUGAAUUAAAAUCAGCAUUGGCAUCAGGUAAAUCAGAAGUUAAUCCAACAAUAAUAUCUGACAAUAAUCAAUGUAAUCCAGAAUUACUCAAUUUACAAACAUUAAAUGAUAAGCUAACUACUCAAUUAAAUGAAUCCAAAUUGAAAAUUGAACACCUUGAAUCUAAUCAAAUUGAGCAAUUAAAACAAAUUGAUUAUAUGAAAUCAAAAUUCAAUUCUUAUGAAAAUAUUCAACAAGAAAAUGAAGAAUUAAAUAAAAAACUAGCUGAUUCCGAGGAUAUCAGACUACGUCUAGAUAAUGAAGUGAAUAAAUUGAAAUCAACAUUAGCUUCAAGUAAAUCACAAGUCAAUCCGACCAUAUUAAACAAUGAACCAUCUAAUUCAGAAUUACUCAAUUUACAAACAAUAAACAAUGAACUAACUACACAAUUAAAUGAAUUCAAAUUGAAAAUUGAACUCCUUGAAUCUAAUCAAAUUGAACAAUUAAAACAAAUUGAUCAUCUGGAAUCAGAAUUACAUUCCUAUCAAAAUAUUCAACAAGAAAAUGAACAUUUAAAAAUGUAUUAUCAAAAUUUAUUCAAUCAAAUUCAUAAAUUAAAAUCAGAUAUAUUUAAUUUAAAUAAUGAAAAAUUAAUUGAAUUAUAUCCUAUUUUUAAUGAUUCAAUAAAUUCAUUGUUCAAUAUUCAAAAUUUAGAAAAUUUCAAAUUAUUCAUUGAAUUAUUACUUUAUGAUACAUUAAAAACUAUACAGGAAUUAAAAUGUAAUUGUAAUAAUAAACAAUCUGUAAUAGAAUGUUUACAAUCUCAAUUGACAACAAUACAAUCAAAUGAGGAACACCAACAACAACAAGAACAACAAUUAUUGAUUGAUCAACUUAAUCAACAAAUCAAUAAUCUCCAUGAUGAUUAUUCGAAAGAAGUAAAAAAAUAUUCAGAUUUACAAUUAAAAUAUAAUGAAGUUCAAUUACAAUUAAAUACUGUUCAAAAUCAAUUAGAAUCAACUAAUGUAUCAAAAGAAGAAUUAGAGGUUAAAAUAACAGAUUUAUUAAAAGUAAAAUUAGAAUUAGAAACUAUGGUAUCGAAUAAUAAACAAUUAAUUGAACAUUUAACAAAUGAACAAAAUGAACAAAAUGAAAAAUAUUCACAAUUAUUCAAUGAAUAUAAUAAUUUAAAUAAACAAUUAUUAAAUAAUAAUGAACAAUUGAAAAUUGAACAAAAUAAAUUAAUGGAUAAAUCCAAUGAAUUAUUCAUUGUUAAUGAAGAAUUAAAACAAUUAAAAGAAUUAAUGAAUAAUUUACAAAAUAAUUAUGAAAUAGAAUUAAAUGAACAAUCUAAAGAAAUUCAAUCUCUUCAACAAACCUUGAAUAUCACUAAAAAUCAGUUCGAAAGUGUACAAACUCAAUUCCUUAAUAAAUGUGAGUCAGAAUCAGUUUCUCAUAAUACGGAACUACAAAAUAUCCAAACGGAACUUACGGAAGCUUAUAAACGUAUUGAGAAUUUACAAUGUCAGUUGCACUCAUCAAUUGAACAAAAUACACGUCUUGCAAAGACAAUGGAAGAAGAACAUGUUGAUACUUUAUCUGAAUAUCAGCAACAUGUAUACGAAUUAAUAAAAUUGUCAAAUGAAGCUUGUGAAUUACUUCUUAAGCAGUCUGAACAACUUAGCAGUAAAUUACAUCCUAUCUGGAACAUACUUGAAACUGCUGAUCAGCGGCUUGCAUUGAUCAAUACCAAUAUUGAUUCAGUACUUAUGGUAACAUGUAAACGUUUUCAAACCUACGCAACUUCUAUUGAACAGUUACAAAAUGAGCUGACAAUUCUAAAAAGUGAUUUGGUUACGCGCAAUGAUGUUGUAAAUGAUUUAAACAUGGAAUUAGAAAAGAAACAAGAUGAGAUAAAUAACUUACAUUUAACAUUGAAUAAGUACAAUUCAUUCAAUCAAACAAUUCAUAAUUUCAUAUGUAAUGAUCAUCGUCAAUUAUAUCAAAGUUUAAUCAAACUAUGUCAAUCUAAAAUUACUUGGAUACUAACUGAAAUGAAUCAAUCUAAACAAAAUCUGAACAACACUGACAUCGAAAAUAAUAAUAAUAAUACUAAUAAUGAACAAGACCUAUACAAUGAAUACAACCAAAUUGAAUUAGAUGCCAAAACUUUAAAUGAAUCGUUCAAUACAAUUGAACAUUUAAUAUUUACCGAUUUCAAUGCUGAACCCAAUGUAAACUCCUUUGAAUUAUUGUGUAAUUGGUUAAAUUCAAAAUCUUAUACAACAUCUACAGAUCAUCUUUUCAAGAAUCUUAAUAAUUUAGAUAUAUUGGAUAUACGUUCACAGACGUUACAUAAAGAAUGCAUAAAUCAUUUUAAACAUUCCAUUGUACAUAAUCAUCAAUUAAAUAUAAAUGAACUUCAUGUUCAAUUAGAUUCAUUAAAGAAUCAUUGUAAUGAAUUAAAUAGUCAAUUAAUUCAAGCACAAUUAGAUAAUCAAAAAUUGGCAGCCGAUCAGAAAUCGACAGAUGAAAAAUUCAAUUCAAGUGAAGGAUCCUUAAUCAAAGCAAAUCAAACAAUUGAUGAGCUUAAACAGAAUGAAUUCAUUUUAAAAGAGAAUUAUACUAAUCAAUUAAAAUUAUUUGAAGAAAGUCAACAAACAAUAUGUGAUUUAAAUAAACAAUUGGAGUUGAUUACAGAAAAAUCUAAUCGUCUUUCUAAUGAAUUAGCAGAAAAAGAAACUGUGCUUAAUAAUACAUUAGAAGAAUCCGAUAAAGUUGUAUCUUCACUAAAUACUAAGUAUGAACAAUUACAAAGUGAAUUACAGAAAGUACAAUUAGAACAUGCAAAUAUGUUGGAAAAUUACAAAACUAAAUAUACAAAUGAAUUGAACGAUCUAAACCAAAAAUAUGAAAUGGAAAAAUCUCAAUGUAUUGAACAAUUGAAUGUUGAACAUCAAACAGCUUUAAAAAAUGCUGUUGAUACUGCUGUUUUCACUAAAGAAAAACAAAUGAAACAACAGAAUUCAGAAUUGAGAAAUCGUUUAAAACAAGUUUUACAAGAGUUAGAAACUAGUAAAAAAUUAUCAGCUACUCCAUCACGUCGUGAAAUUGAAUUACAAAAUAUACUACAUGGAACUGAAGAAAAAUUAAAACAAUUACAAUUAGAGUAUGCAGAUCAAUGUAAAUCACUUGAAGAAUUACAAAUAAAAAUUGAGGAAUUAGAAUCAAUGAAUCUGGAAAUUAAUGAUAAUUCUAAAAAGAAUCAACAAGACUUGUGGGAUCACAAUUGUGAUUCCAUAUCAGAAAUUCACGAAGAUUAUCAAAUGCAAAUAGAAUUAUUAAAAACUGAACAAGCAAAUUGUAUUCAAGAAAUGACAAGAGAAUUUGAACAGAAAUUAUCAACUAAGGAACGUGAAGUGAUUGCACAACAAAAAAUUGAAAAUGAUCAAACAUUAACAAAGUUAAAACAAAUGGAACAAAGUCAUUCUGAAAAAUUAGCAUAUUUUGAGGAAACUAUCUCAGACUAUGAUCGUCAGAAUACAAGACUUAAGAAUCGUAUUAGUGAAUUACAAUUGGAGUUAAAACGUUUAACAGAUAAUAAUAAUACAGUUGAAGUUAGACAUGAACUUAAUAAAGUGGUCGAUACACCUCUUACAACAUCAACCCAAUCAAUGGUUUCUCGUCAUGAUGUCGAUGUACAAUGUGAUAUAAAACUCAAUGAAAACAAUUCACUUAAUAACACUACUACCAAUACUAAUAUUUGUAAUCAUGAGAAUGGAACUGCUUCAUCAACUAAAUUGUGUUCUGAAGUAAAUAAUAACACUCAUCUACAGUCAAAUGAUGAGCAUGAUGAUUGGAUUGAAAAAGUACGUCAAGAAAUACUUCAGUCAGAUUCUAUUGAUUCCUUACACCCAGCAUUGCGUCAAUCUCGAUAUCCUACUUCGGUUCCUAUACGUGAUUAUGAAGCGCUUCAAUUACACAAUACGGAUCUUCAAAAUCAAUUACAACAACUUUCUGCCGAUUUUGAGGCAUUACGAUCCAAAUGUACAGCUGCUUGCAGUAGUGCCAGUAAUAAACAUUCCCUAUCUGAAUCAUUACAUAUUCAUACAGUGGAUAAUACAGUUAGAUCAAAUAAUUAUAGUUUAUCGUUUAAUUCAAUUCCACCUGAUUAUCAACAUGUCUUGUUGACUAGUCCAAGUGAUAAUCGUCUACAUGAAUUAGUUGAAUAUGAAUAUUUGAAAAAUGUUCUCUUCGAAUAUAUGCAAGGACGUGAAACUCAAACAUUGUCAAAAGUUUUGUGCUCGCUGAUGCGUUUCAAUGCAGAUCAAACACGUAAAGUACUAACCUAUGAAGAUCAAAAAUCCAAGCACAAAUUAAUAUAAGACAUGGACUAUUCGCACCGCUAUGGAAUGAAGUGAAACUGGCAAGAUGAUAUCGGGAACUCUCCAUUACAACAGGCGCUUUCCUCACUACUAACCAACCCUUUCUUGUCGCUCUCUCCUCAUACACAGUGACACACACUUCAGAGACGAAUUUUCUGGAGUUAUUGUACAUUUUUCCACUUGUUACUUUUGUGUCUUUGAUUUCUCUAUAUGCUUUAUUUUGCCUUUUUCAUCCUAUUUAGGAUAAAGUAUGGACUUUUUACUAUUAUUUUCUUGAUUUCAUCAUUACAUCAGUCGUUGUGCUCGUUCCUUAUUUUGAUUAUUUCUUUAUAUAUUGUAAUGCUUUUUUUGUUUUUUCGCAUUUUUUCAACAAAAAAAGUGCAAACGUGUAUGUGGCUGUGAUAUUAACAAGUUGUAAUAAUCUUUUUAAUAUAUCAUUCAAAUGAUCUGUCAUACAGGUAAAAUCUCAUUUUGAUUGGAACGGUGGGUGAUAUCGUCUAGGUCAGUGCAUCUAUCAUCUUUGCUUCCAUAAUAGUGGACGUAAUCCCAAAAUUUUAGGUUUAUAAUGAAGUGACCACUCAGUCUAUACGAUCUUACGUGGAAAUCAUAUCUUUGUCGUUACUAACUCGUCCUAUCGUGACGGUCAGCAAUAUGAUGUUUAGCAUUUCUGAAGAACGCAUUAGGGCUGGGGAUAGGAUAAUAUAUCUAAUAUGAAAAGCAAUAAGUUACGUAGAAUGACGACAUUUACACAUUCAUCGUUUCUGGCAUCUAUGGUGUUAAGUACUGAAUUUAAAUGUCAGUUAUCGUACGUUUGCCACCAAGGGUCGUGUGGUUAAGAAACAUUACUACAGUAUCCCUUUUUUUCACAGCUUGUGUUUGAGAAAUCAGGAAUACGAUAUUGUCAUGUUGAUUUACAAAUAAAAUGGUAUGCUUUCCGAUGAAAAUAUCAUAAUUUAAUAGUGCAUUGUCUCACAAAAUGUGACGUGGCCCUGAGGUGCUGACUAGAGAUACUCAUCACCAUUUGCUUUGAUAUGCUGCUACCUUGACGUGGUGGU